AUGUCCUCGUCGUCGCGCAAGAUCUCCUCCGAGUCGUUCAGCAGCUCGGUGGGCUCGGACUGCGGGCUCGAGAGCCCCGGCGGGGACGCGGGGGACGGCGGUCUGGAGCCGGCAGAGGAGAGCCGCGGCUGCCCCUUCUCCUCCUUCCCCUCUGCCCCCAGAGCGGUGCUGUGGAACGGCCGCCGCCUCGCCGAGAGGCCGGCGUGCCCGGCGGGCGAGGGGCAGCAGCAGGGACCCGGCGGGCCGCACAAGAGGGUGACCAGGAGGAGACGGGUGAACCUGGACUCGCUGGGGGAGAGCCUCCGCCGGCUGACCUCACCCACGACGCAGAUGGUUCAGGAGGCUCUGCAGCGAACUCUGCAAUUCUACAGACAACAAGAAAUCAGGUGUCAGGAGGUCUGCAGUGAUGAGCGGCGACGAGAGAAGAGAGAGGAGAAGUGCCCGUUUCUCGAAAACUCGGGUUCAGAGGAAGAUGUCUUACAAAUCCUACAGUACAUGGCCACCAUACUGGGAGUACCAUUCUGUGAGCUGCGGGAACAUUUUGGAGAGGAGUUCUUCGGCCUCUGCUUUGAGGAAAAUGAACGAGUGCUACGGGCUGUAGGUGGUAACCUCCAGGAUUUCUUCAACGGCUUUGACGCCAUUUUAGAACACAUUCGAACCUCCACAGGACGUCGUGCCUCAUCGGAGAGCCCCUCCUUCCAGUGCAAGGAUCCCCAUGAGGAGGAGAAAGGGAGAAGAAAGUUGGACAAAGUUGGAGAGCGAGGAGAUGGACGAGGAAAGGUGUUGCUUCUUCACUGUUUCAACCCCGCUCCUGUUGUUGGAUUGGUCAUGCCGGGGUUGAUCAGAGCAGUUGCCAGGCGGAUCUUUCAUUCAGAGGUUGAGGUGGAGGAAGUGCCUCCUCUAACUCCUUUAUUGCCCAAUGAAGAUACAGAACACACCGACGGCGACUCUACAACUCCAACUGCGUCCCCCACUGCCUCACCCUCCUCGUCUCCGUCCCCUCCCUCCCCUUUUCCAACCUCUGUCCCCACAGUUUGUCUGUCCUUCCAAAUCCAAGAGACACAACCUCCUUCCCCCUCCUCCCUCCACAGUGCUGCUUCAGUGAGCACCAAUAGGCCUCCUCUCUCUCUGUCCACCAACCCCAGCGACCUGCGCAUCGGCCUGGCCACGUUUUGCCGUGCCUUUCCGUUCCACCUCGUCCUGGGGCCUCGAAUGGAGCUACUGCAGCUUGGAGAAGGACUGAGGCGACAGGCUCGCAUUGAGCCUCACCGGAGCCUCUUGUUCAGGGACUGUUUUGAGAUUGUUUCGCCCAAGAUGGAGCCUUCGUUCCGGGGAAUCCUGCUGAGGCUUGCCUCCCCAUUUACCAUCCGCACCAGGCCUGACACCUCGCAGACUGGUACCAAGGAGAAGGUCAUGGAACUGAAGGGUCAGAUGAUCCACGUGCCGGAGUCCUGCUCACUGAUGUUUCUGGGCUCGCCACGUGUUGAUAAGUUGGAGGAACUGAUGGGCAGGGGCCUCUAUCUGUCAGAUAUCCCCAUCCAUGAUGCCACACGGGACGUUAUCCUGGUGGGGGAGCAGGCUAAAGCCCAGGAUGGACUGAAGAAGAGAAUGGACAAACUUAAGGCCACGUUAGAACGAACUCACCAGGCGCUGGAGGAGGAGAAGAGGAGAACCGUGGAUCUCCUUUACUCCAUAUUUCCAGGUGACGUGGCACAGAAACUGUGGCAGGGUCAGCCAGUGCCCGCUCGCAAAUUCGAUGAUGUCACCAUGCUGUUCUCAGACAUCGUGGGAUUUACUGCCGUGUGCGCCCAGUGCACGCCCAUGCAGGUCAUCUCCAUGCUGAACGAGCUUUACACACGCUUCGACUACCAAUGCGGCAUUCUGGAUGUUUAUAAGAUCGAGACAAUAGGUGACGCUUACUGUGUAGCAGGAGGACUUCACAAGAAGGUCGACAGUCACGCUAGACCAAUCGCACACAUGGCUCUUAAGAUGAUGGAACUUUCCGAGGAAGUGCUGACCCCUGACGGGAAACCCAUCAAGCUGAGGAUAGGUAUCCACACAGGCUCGGUGCUGGCAGGUGUGGUCGGGGUUAAAAUGCCACGUUACUGCCUGUUUGGGAACAAUGUGACACUUGCCAGCAAGUUUGAAUCGGGGAGCCAUCCGAGGUGUAUCAAUGUUAGUCCCACGACUUACCAGUUGCUGAAAGAUGACCGUUCUUUCUCGUUCAUCCCUCGCUCACGAUUGGAGCUCCCAGAGAAUUUUCCCAAAGAGAUCCCAGGGAUGUGUUACUUUCUGGAGGCAGGGACUUCUCAUAGCCAUGCCUCAUUGACCAGCUCCCGCUCUGCUCCCCCAGCCUCUAUGAGGAAAGUCUCCUAUAGUAUCGGGACCAUGUUUCUAAGGGAAACAAGUUUGUAGGCCUCGUACACGGACUGGGUUGCGCAGGUAUUCAGUAUGCGAGAGGCUGGAUGUGGACAUGGGGAACACGCAGCAGACCGAUCAGUCAGAUCUUUGGAUAUGCAAUAUGCAUUAUGUGAAAACUUGGAUUAAGGCCUGUGGGAUGGCCUGUGUGAAACUUAAAAAAAACAACAAAAAAACAUGCCCUCAAAUUCCCCUGUGCAGGGGAGACAUGGUUCAAAAGACUUGUGGCACAGCAACAUGAAUCCUUCCCCAGGGAAGUGUACUGAUUAGUGGUGAAACCUUAAAAUAAAACGUGAUAUCCAGAUGGAUUCCUCAGCUUCAUAUGUGGUUUCCAGCUCACUCCAGUGGUCCGCUCUCCUAAAAGCUACCAUUACGUGGAUCUGAAGCUUGGGAAAAACUUGAGGAGAGAACAAUUACAUGACCAGUGUUGAACUCAUUAACGUUGGAAUUGCGCAAGUAGAACAAAUCCACUCUCCGUUAACAAAGUGGAUGCUGAGGAACGAAGUUGUUCGAACUUAUGGGAGAUAACAACAUGGCUUCUUGAAUGAGGAUGACCACUGCUGACGAACACUACAGCUCCCUUACUCGCCUUCCAACUGUCCCUAAAUCAUGUCAUGCUUUACUGAACACAAUCCUAACAUCUGCUGCUUGUUACACCCAUCAGCCAACCUCAGACCCAGUUGGUCGGGGCGGAGAGAGACUAAUGAGAGGCACAAUUAAGGAGGUAGAUUUGAAAAGGGGUCAUUUAAGGAUAAAUGCCAAAAAAACAACAAAAAAACAAAUGCUGAUAUUAAGAACAUUUUCUGCUUCUAACCCACAGCAAACUGUAACCAACAAUGAUCCAGUCAUUUCAUUGCAGGUAAUAUGUUUAGGACUGA